GGAAAACAAAAAUGGCGACAAGCACCUGCUGCUGGACAACGCUUGCACGGAAUUUUUAGCAAUUCCACAAAGAAAAUGAAGAGAUUUCAAUAUAAUAGGUGACAAGAAAGUGGUGGCCAUAUCUAGAAAGAUGAUUGGCCGACGCUGCGCUAUGUUAGCUCUCGGCGGGCUUUUAAUUUUGGUUCUGACUGUUAAUAUUUAUUUUAUUCGAAUUAUCGUCGAGAGUUCGCCGAGCAAGGAUAAUAUGAAAAAUUCGGCAAAUUUCGAGCCUAGAAUAAAUGAAGCUGAAGUUUCGACAAAGCCUAAGGAGAAUAUUCGACGUUCACAAAAAUCCAUAACAAGAGAUAUGGAGGAGAAAAUAAAAGCCGAAAUGCGAACUUUGCCCUCGAAAUAUUUUAAACAAAACACCAGUUAUGCAAUUCUUCUAGACAGACUUCUAAUCGAACUUCGUACAAUGCCAAAUGUUCGUGACGAUCUUUGGAACAUUCCUAAUAAUAAUUGGCCAGAUGCGCAUUGUCUAAUUCCACCGGCAGCUCCGGAGCUUGGGACAAUUUUCGAAGCCUUGAGGAAGGCGAAAGUGAUGAGAGCCGAUAAUGCUCUUUUAGGAACGCAAUUGAAAUUAAUGUUAACACUGGAACAUGGAAUUAAGGCUUUAUUUAAACCUCAAUGGUAUUCGAGAAACACUGUCAUCGAGGGUCCGGUUUAUUAUGGAAAAGACAGGCAUAAUGCCGAAAUCGUAGCAUUCCAUUUAUCAUCAUUACUUGCAUUGAGAAGAGUUCCAAUUACAAUCACUAGGAAAUUGAAUCUUCGAGAGGAAGUAAUGAAGAACGCGACACCUGAACUUUACGCGACAAUCUAUCAAGAAGGCAAUGACACUUGUUUGUAUGGCGUUUGUCAUUAUUGUUCAUCGGGUGAUCCAGUCUGUGGAUCUGGCGAUAUUUUAGAAGGAGCUUUAAUUCUCUGGCUACCGUCAUAUUUAAAAUUAAUUAAACAUCGACAUCCCUGGCAGAGGACUUAUAGGAAAAAUCGAUUCGCUUUCUGGGAAGUGGAUCCUAAUUAUUGUGAUAAGGUAAAAGAAUAUAAAGCAUAUUCACCUCAAUCGUCAAGUAGACUUUUGGAUUUAGUUGACACUGCAGUUUUUGAUUUCCUAAUGGACAAUGGCGAUCGUCAUCAUUAUGAAAUGAUGCAAAAUAAUUUUCACAAUCCAGCAGUUUUGUUGAUCGAUAAUGGCAAAAGCUUGGGAAAUCCGAGUGUCGAUCAUUUUGACAUUCUCGCUCCACUUUAUCAAUGUUGCAUAAUUCAUAAAACUACAUGGGAUCGAUUAAAAUUAUUCAGCGGCGGAUCGUUGAGUAUAUCAUUGGCAAAACUUUUAGCUCAUGAGGAAUUAAUGUCGGAAGUUGAGCCGUUAAUUAGUGAAGCGCACUUGAGUGCAAUGGACAGGAGAUUGCUUACCAUUUAUUCAAUCGUAGAAUUUUGUAUACGUCAGAAAAAAUACGCUUCCAAUGUCAUUUUAGAUCAUCGUUAGAGGACAUAAACUCUAUAAUAUAUCAAUCUACGUGUAUUUAGGACAUUUUUAAGGUAUAUAAAAAAUUGUUAUUUAAUUAUUCUCAAAAAGAUCAAUAUAACCGACACUAUAUAUUUAUAUAUAUAUAAGUAAAAUGAAAAUCAAAAAUUAAUAUUAAUAUACUCAAUAUUCUUAAUGUUGAUAAUUCAAUAAUAUCGUGCAAAUUCAUAGAUAAUGUGACAAUAAUUGCACGAUAGUUUUGUUAAAUACUUGAAAAUUCUAGCUAAUUAAUAGUAAUUAAUUAAUAAUUAUUUAAUUUAUUUAUUUAAGUAACUCGAUUAAGUAACUUAUUUUUAUGCAAUAAAUUAUAACUCAGGGCUCGAAGUAGGUCCGUAAAUCCUGAAAAAGUCCGUAACUUUGCUUCAAGUCCGUAAAAGUCCGUUUUUAAAAAAAAAAUCCGUAAUUUGAUUCAAAAAAUAUGAAAAGUUCGUAAAUUGUACGAUAUA